AUGUCACCACAAUACAAUUACGCUGCACGCAUUCAGCCUAUACGUAGAAAUGGACAUCUGCUGCUUGUAACCCUUCUUUUAUGUAAUGUUUUAGUUAAUGAAACCUUACCGAUUAUCAUGGAUGAUGUUAUGGGAAGUGGUAGUAUAUCUGCGAUUUUGGCCUCUAGUGCACUUAUUGUUCUCUUUGGUGAAAUCCUUCCUCAAGCAAUAUGUGCUAGAUAUGGUCUUGCAAUAGGUGCUUUCUUUGCAUGGCCUACGAGGAUAUUAAUUUGGUUAACUUUCAUUAUUUCGUAUCCGAUUGCCAGGUUGUUAGAUUUUGUUCUUGGUGAAAGUCAUGGAAUAAUUUAUCGUCGUGCUGAACUCAAAGAAUUGAUUAAAUAUCACGGAACAUCUACUGAACAUGGUGGUGAUCUUAAUACUGAUAGUGUUAAUAUUAUCCGAGGCGCGCUUGACCUCCAGGAUAAAGUAGCCGAAAUUGUGAUAACUCCAUUGGACAAAGUCUUCAUGAUUGCCAUGAACACCAUUAUGGAUAGAAAUAUUAUGCAUGAGAUUUAUUUAAGUGGAUAUUCUCGCAUCCCUAUUUAUGAAGGUUCCCGUGAUAAUAUUCAGGGUGUUUUAUUAGUUAAGUCUUUGAUCUUGUAUAACCCUGAUGAAGCUCUUCCUCUGGAAAAAUCCAAUAUAAGUCCUAUUAUUACGGUUGAUGCCUCAACACCUUUGCUCGACAUUUUAAAUUCUUUCCAAGAAGGUAAAUGUCAUAUGGCAUUAGUUGUUAAAGAAUCAAAUCUUCUCGGCAUCAUUACGUUGGAAGAUGUUCUUGAAGAACUUAUUCAAGAAGAAAUUUAUGAUGAGUCAGACAUGAUGUCUAAAAAAAUACGUGGAUUGAACGUUUCAAUAAACGCUGUUUGGAAUAACAAAUUCAAGAGAAUGAUGAAUAGAACAAUCAAUAUUUCCGAUGAUAAUAAUGAUCAAAAAGAUUUAAUUGCGUUUGGUGAAUGA